AUUUUCCCUGACGGUUUGAUUUUCUUUCUCUUCCGGUUGUCGUCUGUUCGUGUGGCAGAUUAAACAGCGUCGAAAUGGCCAAGUCCAAGAACCACACAACCCACAACCAGUCUCGUAAAGCCCACAGAAAUGGCAUCAAGAAGCCCAGAUCUCAGCGCUAUGAGUCACUGAAGGGGGUUGACCCAAAGUUCCUGAGGAACAUGCGCUUUGCUAAGAAGCACAACAAGAAGGGCAUGAAGGCAGCACAGAAGGCAGCUCAGGCAAAAUAAGCUGCUGUUAAUCUGUCACUGUUCAGAUUGUUUCCACCAUCACAAUAAAGCUAUGCUUUAAAACACCAA